UAUCUAAAUACAUCUUUAGACUGAGUUUGAUACUUUGCAAUGGUGAGCUGUGAGAAUGUGAGUUAGGCUUAAACUGAUUAAAACUCUGCGUUUUUCGUUAGAGAGCUGAUGCACCCGAACAUGUGGAAUUGUGGAUCUACCACAGAUGUCAUUGAAAACUCAUCGCCUUUAGAUGUCAGUGAACCUUCUAGCGAUUAGAUAGUUUCCUUUCAGAUUAGAACGACUAUUAUCUCUGCGGUCGAUUUAAAAAUACUAAAUUAUUAGCAUGGAUAGAAGUUCUUCGAAUCGAUCAUACGACAGUGAUAAUUCCGAAGUCGAACAGCCACCUCCUCCAGGAGGGUACGUGUGGAGUGAUGAAGAUGUCAGCAUCGGCAGCCGACCGACGUCCCCCUGUGCAACCGCUAUGAUCGUAAUCGACGAAGGCCUAAUAGAUGGGCUUAAGGAGAGCGUAAUAGAUGACAGGCCAGUUGACCGUGAGUUAAAGGCUCGAAAAUCGGCACAAGGUAUCGAGAUCAAGUUGCCUUCCAAAGAUGAAGCAUCGACAGCUUCGUCAGUUUUGGACAGUACACGAUCUGACUCGAAGAACCCCUACAACGACGCAGCGGGUCUCGCUGUGGGUCAUGAGAGCCUGCUAUCAGAAGCUGCGACAGAUCUCGAUUACGUACAAAGAACACCUGAAGUAAGCAAUCUUCAAAAACGCUCGGAAAGCUUCAAUCUUCGACCCCGGAAGAAGUUUCAUUAUAGUUUCGCUAAUGACGACACUCCUUCGUUUGUCACGCGUCGAACAUCAAGCAUUGAAGAAACGCCUACCGCUAAAAUUGGCGCAGAUAGCCGCAAAAGCAUUCGUCGUCGGGUAAACUCAUUACAACGAUUCAGCGCAGGCGAUGGUAUCGAUACUGAGUACGUUAAGUUCGAACGAAGGGCAGACAGACUUAUUCGUAGUUGCAUUAACAUGCUUGGAGACUCUUCAACAUUAUUUCUACCAAUCGAUUUCUGUCUUGGACAUAAGAAAAAAAGAAGUCUGGGCGCAAGGAAAAAGUCCGCAGAGAGCAGGACGCGUAAGAGAAGCACACUGAGAUACAGUCAGUGCCCUGAAUGGCUGCUCGAUACAAAAUGCGCUCGAAGGUCCUAUUCGACUGCGCAGCUCGUUAUAGGCGAAGCAUUGGAUAUGGAUGCCAAAAUAAUAUACGCUUUCAACACCAGGAAUUCUAAUCUUAAGCAGGUUAGUGGCGAGGUAUAUGUGCUCCUGGAAAUUUCUCCUGAGGAGUUAAACACAAACCAGUGGCAAAUGAAAAAAUUUCCGCAAGCCCGUUGGCGGGUGAGACUUGGGACCUCAGGAAAAUUAGCUAAUUUGCGCAUCGAUCAAGCAGUACUGGGUAGUACUAGUCAAGAGCACUCACUGAGUAAGGCGCCAACAGGUAAUGGGGCCGAGUUAACACAUGAGUGCAUUAUCCCAAUGCCGGCUAUAAGUUCUGGACUUAAAGAUGUUGCUACCAAGAAAGCUCAAAGGUCGCCGGUAUCUACAAGCACGGCCAAAUCCGAUCAGCAGUCAAUUCGAUCUAAAAUUGCAUCUGCCAUUAAUAAUGAACCUUCUGUAUCCAAUACCAAAUGCAGCGUAGACAGACACUUAAAUUGGGGGAAAGCCCAGAACAUUGGUGGCGAGCAAUUCGUUAGAUCUGAACAUGAAGUUACAGUGGAAGGGCCUUCCAUUCAGUCACUUGAAAGUUCAAUUGGUAAGAACAUCAGUGCAGAGCCUAAACAACGCUCAUUCUCCACGCCCACAAACGACGUUGCUCAAGGAUCCCGUUCAGUCCGUUUUUCUAGCGACACCCUGGCAGAUGAGAUCAAUACUUCAGAUACUCAGCUCGCUCAUUCUUGUAGCACGCUUAGUCCGCUGCAAGAGUUUUUGCGCGAGACUGUUUCAAGGAAACCCAUUAGGUCUCUGAGCAAUUAUCUAAGCGCCAAUAACAUUGAAAUUCUGCAUCUUGCUGGAGUGGGCGGCUUUGGCUUUGUGGUCGUAAUUCGCCGCGUUAAGCCUCGAGUGGCACGGGUGCCGUCCGAGGUCAGAGUGCUUAAAUUCGUGCCCAUCGAAAAUCUGGAUCAGGAUUCAAGCAAUCUUCUUGUUGAAGUUCGGGUGGCUCGUCAAUUGUCGAAUUUGCGUAAAUACGCUAUUCCCGGUUUUCCAGAGUACUUUGGCUGUGAGUUCCUGCAGGGCCGGCUGCCGGAUCACUUGAAAGCCCUUCUUGAAAAAAUGCCUGAUACGCUGUUCUUGACAGAUAGCAACUUGACUCAGUGGCUUUUUAUUGAAAUGGAGUAUGUUGGCAUUAGCCUCGACUACUACAGAAUAUCACUCCAAGACGAUUGGCAACUAGAUGAUUAUCGGGAUGCGCUGUCGAUCCUUGGCCAGCUCUUAAUAUCUUUAGCAGGAGCUGAAAAGGCAUUGAAAUUUGAGCAUCGUGAUUGCCACUGGGGAAAUAUUUUGGUUAAUCGUGUCGAGCCAGAAGACAGUUAUAUUAAGAUAAACUUCGGCGACGUUACAAAAGUGUUGUGUACUCGGGGCAUCCGUGUGGCUAUGAUCGAUUUUAGCCUAGCUCGAUGCGUCCUUCUUGACGAGAAUAACCGUAAAAGGGUUCAAUACAGCAACCUGAAUGAGCGUUUCCCCGAAAUAUUCCAACAGUCUGGUUCACUCCAAUAUGAUGUAUAUAAAGAGAUGAUUCAAAUUAUCGGAACGAACUGGGCUGGUUUCCAUCCGCGUACCAACGUCCUAUGGAUCGAGUAUCUCCUUAAAAAAUUGCUAAACAGUAUCAACUACAAAGCCAGGAAUAAAAAGGAAACAGUUGAACGCGUGCUGAUUAGACGAUUUUAUGAGGAUCUUCGAAAUCGGCCAGCAACUUCGUCUGCGGCCUGCUUACAGCGUUUUCUUCAAAUCCUGUGAUGUCGAUGUUGCCGCUAUUACCGCCAUCGUCGCCGCGCAAGCUUUUCGGCUCCAAAAAGGCGUUCCGAAAAAUGUGCUGCCCGACCAGCCUAUCCUAUGAACGCUACUUUAAGUUGAAAACUACCGAAAACUGGUGAGUCCUGCCAAGCUGGCUGAUUAUUCGGGGCAUCUCUCCGAUCCCAAGACGAAAUGCUCUGGUCGCCGGUCUCACCAAGUGAUAGAAAUCAGUUUUAUAUUUUUCUUAUAUUUUUAUUGUGACGAUCCUUGGCACAAAAUGCUCUAAUUCCUUAUUGGUUUAACGCGAUUAUUCAUUUUCACACUAGGGAGGGCUUUAGGAUAUCGUAGAGACGAGUGAUGUUGCCUAUCAGAAAAGGCUUAACAGUUUCUGCCGCAAUAAAAUUCAGUUCACUGUACCGCUUAUUCAUUGGAUUGGAGACGAAGAAAUGCCAUGACGCUGUUGUAAAAGGCGCAUAAAUUUGUUACAUCCUUAAGACCAACCGAAUUUUCCAUAAUGGACAGCUUCUGCAAGUAGUUCGCAGAUAUUGUCACACUUCAGUAUAAAAAAAAUUCAUUACAUUUAUUGCGGCUAUCUGUAGUGUCUAGUUAGGGGAUUACGUAGACGAUACGGAUUAUUUAUUUUCGCAAGUCCUUAGUCAUAAAUUAUCCUGAAAAAGCAAACUAUUUAGUCCCCAAUAUCUAACCAUAAGUGUAAACAAUGUGUUCAAGUAGUCUCGGUGCCAUCAUACCUAUCGAAUUAAGAAUACGCGACACGUCGGCACAUAAGCACUUCGUACAUUUUGUGUAUGUGAUAACCGUUGGUACGUUCAGUCACAGACCCCACGUGUCGAAACAUAGCUCACGAAGACAGCGUAUUCUAUAGUACUUAAUGAAUUUCUUGCUUACUAUAUGAAUAGAGCUGAAGGGAUGCAAUGAGCCAACUGUACGCGUAGAUAACGCAUAGGGACCUGGGCGUACUUCGAAA